AUGAUGAAGAGUAAGAGGAAUGAUGAUGACAGUUCCACCCUCAUUGGUCUCUCAGAAAUGUCUGAUCAAACCUACGGAACCAUGGACUCUGAGAAAGACAGAAAUGUCUUCAGUGAUGGGGUCACACGCAUUGAUUUUGUGUUAGUGUGGGAGGAAACUCUGAGUGUACCUAAACCUGGAGAGGCAGAGGACAAAUCCACUCACAGCGUUCAUGACACACACACCAAAUGGAGGACAGAGUUCUUGUCCCGUCUGCGGACGUCGGGCAUCAAACAGGAAACAAGGGAAGUACAGCAAGGCAAAACCAAAAUCACCUUUGUGCUCCUCAACGCCCCGUGGAGUGUGCUGUGUUACUAUGCUGAGGAGAUCAGCCUGCGAGUGCCGCUGCAAGUGGUGACUACCCCAACAUCUAACUGGUCAGCGAAGGUCCUAGACAAAUGCGGUAUCCCCAACAUCAUGGCUCAAGAGGUGCCCAACCCUCCACCAGACUACUACACCUGUCAGUUCCGCACCAACAAGCUUGAGAGGUUUUUGGGGAAUGAAAACAAGGACACCUUCUUCAAGACCACUCAGAGACACCAAAUUCUUUAUGAGAUAUUGUCCCGGACUCAGUAUGGGGUGCUGAAGAGGGGUGAGGUGGGCGUGGCCAGACUGGUCAGUGAAAAUGUCUUCACGGCUGCUUACCCUCUGCAUGAGGGUCCGUACGAGAUGCCAAAGGGUACGGUGGACCCCAAGUCGCUGAGUCUUCGACAAAUUCUGCAUCAGUAUUGGGCGCGCUGGGGCUGCUGGAGAAAGUAUCAGCCGUUGGAUCACAUUCGCGAGUAUUUUGGAGAGAAGAUUGCACUGUAUUUUGCCUGGCUGGGGUUCUACACUGGAUGGUUGCUACCUACUGCUGUUACUGGCAUUGUUGUGUCCUUGUUUGGAAUCUGGCUGGUAAUCAUAGAUGUGCCUGCGCGAGAGCUUUGUGACAGUGGAGGAGACUUCAGAAUGUGCCCCCUUUGCAACAUCUGCAACUACUGGAACCUUUCAAGCAUCUGCACUUCUUAUCAGGCUGGGUUGCUUUUUGACAACGGAGGAACAGUGUUCUUCAGUAUCUUCAUGUCUCUGUGGGCAGUAACCUUCCUGGAGUAUUGGAAACGCACCAGUGCCAUCCUCUCCCACCGGUGGGACUGCUCUGAGUUUGAGGAAGUUGAGGAGCGACCUAGGCCUGAGUUCACAGCCAUGGCUCCGAUGACCGUGCGUAACCCUGUGACAGGUGCUGAGGAACCCUACUUUCCUGAGAGACGACGAUUAAACCGCACCUUGACCGGCAACAUGGUCAUCAUCUUGAUGGUUUCUGUUGUCUUGAUGUUCCUAAUCGCGAUCAUCCUCUAUCGGACUAUCCUCAGCAUCAUCAUCUCCAGAUCAAAGAGUUCCUUCUUCAUCUUUUCUGCUGGGAGGAUUGCCAGUCUCACUGGUUCCAUCCUUAACUUGAUCGUAAUCCUGAUGCUUUCUCGGCUGUACAUGUAUUUAGCCCAGAUCCUGACAAGAUGGGAAAUGCAUCGCACUCAGACUAAAUAUGAAGACGCUUACAUUCUCAAGGUCUUCAUUUUCCAGUUUGUCAACUUCUACUCCUCUCCGGUCUACAUUGCUUUUUUCAAGGGCAGGUUUGUUGGUCACCCUGGAAACUACUACUCACUCUUAGGAAUCCGGAAUGAGGAUUGCGGUUCCGCAGGCUGUCUAAUUGAACUUGCCCAGGAGUUGCUGGUCAUCAUGGUUGGAAAACAAAUCAUCAACAAUGUUCAGGAGUUUGUUUUACCAAAGCUGAAAGCGUGGUGGCAGAAGCGUAAGCUUCGUCCAGUGCAGGUUGAUGGGGCGGGGGGUGAUUUAGAGAUCGGAGAGUUGGCCACACCCUGGGAGAGGGACUACCGGCUGCUGCUGUGUGAGGGACUGUUUGAUGAGUACCUGGAAAUGGUGCUGCAGUUUGGAUUCAUCACCAUCUUUGUGGCAGCGUGCCCGCUGGCUCCGUUUUUUGCACUGGUAAACAACUGGGUGGAGGUCCGUUUGGACGCGCAGAAGUUUGUGUGCGAGUACCGCAGGCCCGUGGCGGAGAGAGCGCAGGAUAUCGGCAUCUGGCUCACCAUCUUACAGGUCAUCACUUACCUGGCCGUCAUCAGCAACGCCUUCCUGAUCGCCUUCACAUCAGACUUCCUCCCCCGCCUCUAUUACCGCUACACCAGGGGUAGUCUGGAAGGCUACAUCAAUUUCACUCUCUCUGUCGCACCACAUAACUUCACCAGGAACCAUACGGAAUGCAGGUAUCGAGGCCUGAGGGAUGAAGAGGGACAUCACCUGCCUGAGUAUUUUCACCUUUUAGCCAUACGGUUGACUUUCGUCAUUAUAUUUGAGCAUUUAGUGUUCUUCAUCGGGCGUUUGAUUGAUUGGAUGGUUCCAGACAUGCCAGAAGAGGUGGAGAUAAAAAUAAAGAGGGAGCAUUACAUGGCUAAAGAGGCUUUGGCAGAGAAUCAGUCCUUGGCCAAGGUGGUUAUGGACGAGAGGGAGAAACAAUCAACUGACCUGCGGUACAGAGGAAAACCGCAGAGCUCCGUAACACCCUCCUCUACUCCUGUCUCUUCCCGUUCUAAACUGACACAUGUUCCAGAUGAUGACGAAAAGACGUCGUCUUGA